AAGCGAUAGGAACAUGCUGACGAGCUCUGGCUUUCAGUGUGGGUUGUAGGUGGAGAUUAUUCCGUUAACCAUCUGCGGAUUCUCAUAAAUAGGUGUGCUCGGAUAAGACUUUGUGGGUUCCUAGAAUGUCUCCGGUUGUACUGUUAGUCUUUACAUUGACGAUCGUCAAUGGGGCCCCGACGAAAGAAAGCCUCCUUCCAAGGGUUAUAGAUGCAGUUGAUCGCGCUAUUAAGUUCUUCAGCUCAGAUUAUAGUAGCAUCAACGUGGAUGGAUUGUUUGGACUUAGGAUUGGUCAAGGACAAAUCAUAGAAGCUCUGGAAGAAUGUGAGUCUAGGUCAUGCUCUCCUGAACUGAAAGACUUAUUACGUCGCUUCCGGUCCGAGCUUGAAGUCACCUGCCAAAAGGCCAUGCCCUACAUCGAACAAGAGAGCCCGGACUACUUCGCCAGAUUUCGUGAAACCAUCUCCAAGCCUUACAUCCUUAAAUACCGUCCAUUUAGGUUCCAUGGAAUGGAAGAUGUAGAGAUCGGCCACAACAAGGAGUAUGAUGAAGAAGAAGGGGAUCGAUGCUACGCCAGGCUGCUUGGAACCUUCCAGGAAAACGACCGGACCAUCCCUCGCUGUAACGUGACCCAGCCGUGCCUUGACCUUGUGACCAAGGGGGACACCAAAAGAUACACCAUCACCCACCAACUGCUCUACUUCAUCGUCGUGGAACAUACUGGGUGUGACGAGAAGCUGAGCGAACAGAGCUCCUCUCUGAGCGCGUCAGGGAUCCGUGAAAUAGAAGACAGAUUCUGUCAGAAGAUAUACAAAGAGGCCAGCAUACUCGCCAAAGAGGGAUCGGUCAACAUAGGAUCUCAGGACCUCUUUCUGGAACAAUCCGUCUUGUGUGGGUCCCUAGGGUAUGAGAAUUUCUUCAAGCCAGGCUACAUUGACAUGGUGCUAAAGAUGCAGGCCCCGGAAGGAUGCUUUACAAUGGGUUUUGAGACAGACAGUGAAAUAUUGGCGACGUUAGAAAGGUUGAGGACGUCAAGAAAGCUCCAGCGAGAACAAGCAAUGAAAGAUGGCUGUCUGUCUCACAAAUCCGGCUUAGGGUUCGGCACACUAGCUCUGUACCUCAGAUACCUUGUAAGGAGCAUGACGAUCUGACGACGUGGGUAUUAAACACACUGGCAGCUAAA